UACCUUACCUAAGGUGCCUUGCUUGGAGACCUUCCAUUUGCUCCUGCCACCAUAAUACCAGAUCAUCAGUUGUUGAUCACCUCGAGAUCGCAGACCGAACCAAGUAUUCGGAUACACAUCUACGGUCCGACAAUCUGCACCAGCGACUUGGCAAAGAGGUUGUUCACCACACCAAUCCAUCUUCUAGCGCACCCCCCCAUCAUCAACCGGCCAACAACCAAAAAGAACAACUCUUUUGGACAGUUUCGCGGGUGCAAUUACAAUGGCCGAUCAAAUCCUCGACCAGGUUCGCGAUAUCGCGGAGGGCCAGAUCGACUUUGAGGGCCAGAAACUGGCAGAUCUCCUGGCGACUCUACUUCUCUCGGCAUCUGGAGUUCUUGCGUUCAUCAUCGGAUACAUUUUGCAAGACAUCAAGCUCGCAGUCUACGUUGGCUUGGGCGGAACCGUACUCACAUUCCUCCUUGUCGUGCCUCCUUGGCCCUUUUUCAAGCAACAUCCAGUCAAGUGGCUAGAACCUGGAUCUGCGUCCGGCUCCGGGACACGGAACGAGGCUACAAUAGCGAAGUCGGGAUAGCCGGGACCAAAGACGUCAAUUGUUCAUCAAGUCAUUGUGAUGUAUGUUCCUGCAUCCGUAACUGUGCCCACCCUACAGGGCCUCUCUGGCUAGCUGUUUCUGCCAGCUGGACGCAGUCCUCGCUUGUCAGGAGAGUAUCACUUAUUGUAUCCUCAUUCUGCGUAGCCAUGACACAUAAUGCUGCGUAUCCAUCGACCGAGAUCCUCGCACCAUUGCCUUGCGCCAUCUCAGCGCCCAUACUUCUGGAACUCCCAGUCGCGGUUGUCCAGCGGGCAGACUUGUCGGGCCUUGAGCCAACGUGAGAUACAAUGGAAGUGGAAUGCGUGCUGCACGUAGUUUAGCGAGAGUAGGCAAAUGGAGUAUAGAAAACAUACGUUGCAGAUACCCCAGGCCACAG